CUAUCCUGGAUCCUCUGGGGAGCCUCAACAACAUCCUGAUGCUGAUGAGUCAGAGAAGAGUCUCUCCAGAUCAGAACACCAGAUGGUACAGCUUGGUCUGGUCUAGCAUACAGCUUGCUCUAUCGGGGUCUGGGCUGGGUUUCUGUAAAGCACUUUAUGUCAACAGUGACAUAAGCAUCCAUAAUGAUAUGUCUGUCCCCUCUUUAUGGUUACCAGGAAAAUGCUAGCCCUUCCACCCUCCCGGAGUCCCCGUGUCGUGCCUCUCCCGGUAGCACCUUACUGCUGGGUAUGAAGAAGUUGUCUGUGCAGCUAGUGGACUGCAGGAAAACAACGGGGCUGAGUGGAACUGUGAGAGGAGGAGAAGAGAAGAAAGGAUCAGAUUUGUCUCAUCAAAGAGAAAGACCAGACUCAGAGGAACCAGAGACACGGACGUCCAAACCAGCAAGAAGACACCAAAAACAAAGAAGGAUCCCUAUUGUGUGCAGAUUUUGCGUGAAGAACCAGGAAAACAUAUCUAUACAUCUCAGCAGAGUCUGCAUGAAGACAGAAUCAAAACAAAAGAUUGAUCAGGAAGUUCGUAAUUCCCGCGACUCCAUGAUAGAGCAUCUUUGGCACGGCAGGAUUAUUGACUACAGAAUACUCAGCUGUAUUGUGACACAACAGUACGCACUCCAACCUCUGAUUAAGAACCGUGAACAAAUGGGUCAUUUUGUUACGAACAAGCCAGAAGCCAAACUAAUAACUGGCCAAGUGGAAGUGGCUCAAGUGUUGGCACCAACUACAGAUGAAAAUAUAGAUGAAGAAUCAGACGUCAACAUGGAAGAUGACCAGUCGGCGCUGUACCAACCACCAUUGAACCAGGUAUGGGACACCAAACUGAGAAAGGUGAUGCAAAGCAGUGGUUUAUACCAAAAGCACCCUCUGGAUUGUGAUCUGCUGGCUGGAUUUGGGAAAUAUCUCCGUGACGACAACAAAAUUCCCAAUUUCAAACAGGAGGUUGCAAAUGUGUCAAGGUUUUUGUUUUACAUGGACUCAAACAAACCAUCGCUGGAUUUUGUUAAUAACUUGGAAAAAAGCAGAUCAUUUUUUACCAAGCUUGCAGACAUCGGACAGAAGAAGCAAACCAUUGCCAACUACAUGAAGAAUUUGAAGAGAUUUAUUCGCUACAACAUCACCACUACAAGCCUUAUUCAGACAGACAGAGCCGUGUUUGAGCAAUGCAAGCAUUUCCUCCUAUGCUUGAAUGAACUGCAGAAGUCCAUGAGCAAGCAGGUGUCUCAGGAAACUACUGGGAAACGAUACAUACAGAUGGUGUCAGUUGCGAAGACACCAAAAGAAUGUUGGGAAAUUUUGAGGGUGGCGAAGAACGAAUUUCUGUGUAUCAUUGGGAAGGCCAUGAAUGAAGAAUCCUUGCUGGAAACUGAACAACUGCAUGUUCUGUACUACCUUGAGUCUCUGCUCAUGCUCAAACAUCUCCAAAGGGCUGGAGUGAUCAAACAUUUGACCCUGAGCGAAUGGCUCUCAAGGAGCGCGUGCAAGUUGCCAGAUGGUGAGAAUUGGACUGUCGUCGGUGUUAAGAUGCACGAAACAGCAACGCAGCAAGUUGCAACCAUUUUGUUAGAUGAGGAGGAACAUGCAUGGUUCGAUGUGUACUACCGACAUGUUCGACCAGCUUUUCUUAAAAACUCUGAUGACAUGCAAGAAGAUGAGAGAUUCUUCAUUUCCACAACCGGGAAACCCAUCUACAACCCAUCCAAUGACCUACAAAGGUUUCAUGCCAAAUACAACUUGCCCAACAUCACGAGCCAGGUAGCAAGAAAAGUUUUUGAGACAAAUACCAAAGCCAGCUUCACAGACCAAGAGAUGUCCCUUGUUGCUGACUACUUGGCCCAUACAACUGCUACAACUAAAAAGCAUUACUGCUUGAAGACAACAGUCAAUGCCUGCAUGGAAAUGAAGCUGAUCUCCAAAGUUGCCAUGUCCAUUGAAUCUGAUAGUGAGACUGCAGGCCCCUCCUGUGCAAGCACAAGGAGAAAAGGAGCAUUGUCCAGCAGCAAAAAGUUGGAUGAGGCACAGACCUUGAAACUCUUCUAUGAACACUUCCCUGUCACAAUUGAUGGACAAUCAAUCAAGACGAAGGACAGACGACUGAUUGCAGGAACGUAUGAGAGAUACUGCUAUGACAAGUGGAGAAGCCAGCAAGAGAAAAUGAGACGUGAUUAUGUGAUCGCGCACUUCCCCAGAAGACAGCCCACUGCAAGUCAAGUAGAGAGAUACAUUGAAAGGCAGCACUGGGAGAAGAACAAAGUGAAAGUGGAGAAUGUCCUUUGUUACUGGCAACCUUCAAUUAACACUGACACACCAAAAGACAACAAGGCAAUUAAGAAGCUGGUGAAGUCCCAGAAGUGGAAAGGACUGUACAUUGCCACUGACCCUGAUAAAGGAAAAAAGGUCAUGACGACACGUCCAUUUGCUAAAGGGGAAGUUGUCUGUGACUACCACGGUCUCCCACUCUCAGGGAAGCAGGGGAAAGAAUUGUUGGAAGCAACAGAUAAUGACGAGAUGGGGUUCCUUUACUUCUACAAGGAAUCGUCAGGGAAAACGUACUGUAUAGAUGCAAAGACUGCCCUGCCCUUGCCACCCAGAGAUGGACACAAUUGGACGUAGGAUAAAUCAUUCCAGAAAGAGAAGCAACAUAAAGGGUCAGCUUCAGCAAUUAGAAGAGGAUGGCAACGUGUGGAACAUCAUCCUUUUCAUUGCCCUACGAGACAUUCAGGUGCAACAAGAACUGUUAUUUGACUAUGGGGUGUCAAGAAAAUCUUUUGUUGGAGAAUAAGGUGAAUGCACCAAUUUGUAAGUCGCUCUGGAUAAGAGCGUCUGCUAAAUGACUUAAAUGUAAAUGUAAAUGUGAGAAGGAGAAGAUUUGGAAUGGCUUUGUGACAACUAGGUCCGUCAGCUUGAAAUCUGAUUGGUCUCUAAACAACCCCCCUUGGGUGGUGCUGUGGCGGAGAUAAGAGAGUGACCUUUGGAAGUGAUCUUCCCAGCCUGUCAACAUUUUGUUUUCUUCUGUUGUUAUACAUAUUGAAAGAGAAUGUGCAAUAUUAAAUAAUAGAUCAUCACACACACACAAACAUGGCUUCAUCGUUGUUCACAGUUUAUUCAUAGUUUCUCACCAUUUUUAAUUAUCGCAUAUGAUCAUAGUUUGAAUAUAGUUGGCCAUAGUUUCUAAUCAUAGUUUCUAAAUGUACUUUCUAAUUGUAUUUUCUAGUCUGAGAAGUUUUGGUACAAUAAUAAAGUCAAAUGCAACCGAA